UGUUUUCUUUGACACGAUGGAUAUUCAAAGAUGUGGAAAGUGGAAACAUAACGUAAAGUUUGAGAAUAGCUGAGGAAAUCAAGAUUUAAAGUUUUCAACUUUCAUCUUUCAAACUAAAUCUAAGUUUUACCACAAAAAAAAAAAACCGUUUUCACAUAACGAUAAAGCUGCAUCAAAAUCUCUUCUCUUCUUUUCAUCAUUUAAUAUAAAAUAUCCCCCAAAUCCCUUAUAAAUAAAUAGUAUUAAACACCAUUCCAUGAUUUCAUCACUACCCAGUAUUUAUAUCACCUUAUGAGUAAACCCACAUGCUCCAAACCAUUCUCAAUAGUAUAAUUCAUUUAUUUUUGAGCUAGGGGUGAGUUUGGAUCUUUGGGUUUUGGGGGUCUAGGUUUUCUUAGAGAAGUGACUUCUGUCUUUAAUGGGUUUGUUGAAAGAUGUGUCAGUGAUAUGAAGAAGACGAACAACAACAAUAAGCUUGCAAUAAAUGUUUUGCCUUCAUCUUCAUUACACAACACCACACAAAACAGUGUUUUAAUACUCUUCUGAAAAGUCUAUCCGUGAAAAAAGAGGAGAUUCAUCACCCGUUGCAAUGUCGUCUCCUUGCUUGAUGAUCUUUACUUUCAUUUUCUUACUCUGUCUCUUAUCCUCCUCUGCUUCUCCACCGAAUUCGACAUCCGAAACUGUCACUCUCCGGCCACAAAGGGAGAUUCAGAAGCUGGAACUCAUCAGAAAACAUCUCCAAAAGAUUAAUAAACCAGCCAUCAAGACCAUUGAGAGUCCAGAUGGAGAUACAAUAGAUUGUGUUCCAUCUCAUCACCAACCUGCUUUUGAUCAUCCUUUGUUACAGGGACAAAGACCAAUGGAUCCACCGGAGAUGCCCAUAGGGUAUAGCCAAGAAAAUGAAUCCCAUGAAAAUUUUCAGCUUUGGAGCUUAUCCGGUGAAUCUUGUCCGGAAGGUACGAUUCCGAUCAGAAGAACGACGGAACAUGACAUGUUAAGAGCAAGUUCAGUUCGUAGAUUUGGUCGGAAAAUAAGGCGCGUGAGAAGGGAUUCGAGCAGUAACGGCCACGAGCAUGCGGUUGGAUACGUAUCGGGAAGUCAAUAUUACGGAACAAAAGCAAGUAUAAACGUCUGGACGCCACGUGUCACAAGCCAAUACGAGUUUAGUCUAUCUCAGAUUUGGGUCAUCGCCGGUUCUUUCGCCGACGAUCUUAAUACCAUCGAAGCUGGUUGGCAGAUUAGCCCGGAGCUAUACGGAGACGCUAACCCAAGAUUCUUCACCUAUUGGACGUCGGAUGCCUACCAGGCAACAGGAUGCUAUAACCUCUUGUGUUCUGGUUUUGUUCAAACUAACAAUAGAAUCGCGAUUGGAGCGGCGAUUUCACCCGUUUCGUCGUAUAAGGGCGGACAAUUCGAUAUAAGUUUAUUGAUAUGGAAGGACCCAAAGCAUGGACACUGGUGGCUUCAAUUUGGAUCGGGUACACUAGUUGGAUACUGGCCUGUAUCAUUGUUCACACACCUGAGAGAGCAUGGGAACAUGGUCCAGUUCGGUGGCGAGAUUGUGAACACACGACCUGGUGGUUCACAUACUACGACUCAAAUGGGUAGUGGCCAUUUUGCCGGUGAAGGUUUUGGAAAAACGUCUUACUUUAGGAAUCUUCAAAUGGUAGACUGGGACAAUACUCUUAUUCCGAUAUCUAAUCUUAAAGUUCUUGCGGAUCAUCCGAAUUGUUAUGACAUAAGAGGAGGAGUAAACCGGGUUUGGGGUAACUAUUUUUACUACGGCGGACCGGGUAAAAACUCGAAAUGUCCAUAGAGGCGGAUAAAAAGUCAAAUUAGUGUUUUUGAGCAUACGUAGAUGAGAUUUUUUUUGGCAUUGAGGGCUCAGGACAAAGAUCCGGAGACAAUGUAUCGAUUGAUUAAUAUGAUAUCAAAUGUGUAAAUUUAUAAUAUGAAAUAUUUAAUUGGGGUUAUAAUUUUGCCUACGUCUGUCUGUGUCUAUAACCAGGCACAUAAUAUACAAACUGACUAUUGUGCUAAACACUCACAUUCCAUCCCUCAAAAUGGAUGAUG